AUGGCAGGUGUGUGCGGCCAGCGACCAUGUUUAGCAACAGAAAAGUGUGUUCCGGACAAAGACGGGUUUCACUGUAGUACAGUAUGCGAAAGUGUCCCUACAAUAGAUAAUGGUUUUGUUGCACUAGACAAGGCUGGGAAAAUGUCGUUCAUGGACACAGCUACUGUUAAAUGCCAUGAUACGUACGGGCCUGACAAGCCAAGUAUCAAAUGUCAGGCCUCUGGACUUUGGGAAACAGUAUCCUGUGAAAAGAUAACUGACUGCAAAGACUUGCAUCGAUCUUUUCCUUCAUUGCCAAGCGGUGUGUAUGAAGUAGAACUCUGGCGGUCAUCUCGUUCGUUGCCUGUAUACUGCGAUAUGGACACGGGAGGAGGGGGUUGGACAGUUUUUCAGUCCCGCUUCGAUGGUUCUGUAGAAUUUUACAAAACCUUUUCAGAUUAUGAAUAUGGGUUUGGGAAUCUGGAGACAGAGUUUUGGUUAGGUCUCAGGUAUGUGCGGGAAAUGGCGUACCAAGGUCAAACUGAGUUAAGACUCGACCUCACGGCAGCUGAUGGCACCGAUGCUUAUGAAACCUUCCAGAACUUUUACCUUGACUCCUCGGUUUACACCCUUCAUAUUGAUCCUGGUACUGGUACUGCAGGUGAUAAUGACCUGUAUGGUCUUUUGAAUCACAAUGGCCAACGUUUUACAACUCACGAUGUUGACCGAGAUUCGCAUCUUACUGUUAACUGCGCCAACGUUGAACGUGGUGGUUGGUGGUACAAUGACUGCGGUGAUGUCAAUCUGAAUGGAGACUAAGUAACACCUGGGACAGAACAUCCAAGCGAUUAUUGGGUUGGAAUGAUCUACUAUCUAUUCAAGGGUAGAGAAUCACUUAAAACCACAAACAUGAUGUUUCGGCGGGUUUGAGAUCCCGACCAAGAAUGAACUUUUCCUACGAACUUAAUUAAAACUAUUCAAAAUAUUCAAACCAAUAGCCUACUACUGUAGUCCAUUAGGACCCAAGUAAUGAUGGUUUGUUGAUAACUAGUUUACUAGUAUUAUGUAUGCUGCUGCAGAUUACAUGUAUGGUCAAACCUAUCUCCAAAGCAUAGAAAAGUAGAUAAAGUGAAUGCUUAAGCCAACUGACUGUUUAAAAGAGGUGUCUGCUUUAAGAUAUGACCCACCUGAGCCGUGCCAUGGGAAAACCAACAUAGUGGCUUUGCUUUGCGACCAGCAUGGAUCCAGAUCAGCCUGCGCAUCCGUGCAGUCUGGUCAGGAUCCAUGCUGUUCGCUAACAGUUUCUCUAAUAGCAAUAGGAUUUGAAAGCGAACAGCAUGGAUCCUGACCAGACUGCGCGGAUGCUGGUUUUCUAUGUUGGUUUUCUCAUGGCACGGCUCAUCUAAUGGUGGAUAUUUCAAUGUUACAAUGUUGUUCAAAACAAUGUUACAGCAAUAUAAUGUAUCCAGUGAGAGACUUGUUUGCAAAAUUUAUACAGCUUUUACCAUGCCGUUUUUUUUUAUAAAUUGUAUAAUUCAUGAUAUUUCCUCAAACACAAAUAAAGACUUUCAAAGUGAUGGCCGAUGUCCAAAACGUUUGCAGAGAAUUUAUUAUACCAUCAAUUUUGAUAAAAGAAACUUCAAACUAUUGGUUAACAAUUAUAAAACACAAAAUAAAACUAUGAAUGUCUUUUUUUCUAGGGUACCUCAAGUAAAAGGAUUUAAUGAGACAGAAUUCUAACUCCAACAUUGAAAAAUAAGGUCGAGUCCUGUGGGACUGUUUUAAAUUUGACUCACUUCAUUCAAAAAUAACCUUUGGGCAGAAGUAAAACCUACCUACAUUUCUUCCACUAUAUGUACUCUAAAGACUAAAGGCAAAAUAGAGAACUUUUACCGCAUGUAACUCAAUAUUUUAAAGAUGUCUGUCUCUGUCCCGUUCUGUUUCACAGGUAAAUUCACUUUGAACAGCAAGAAAUUACUUAUCAAUUGGAAAUGUUUCACUUUUGUACAAUAAAUCAACAAUAGUCUUACAAAAAAACAUACCAGAAAAAAAGGAGAAGAAAUUGGUCACAGUGGGGCUUGAACCUAUGCCCCCCCCCCCUGAAAAAUUUAAGUCAAAGUAGGUUUACUAUAUUAAUUGAACACUCUUCAAAAGGAGGUACACUAUUACACGGGUCAUACCUUAAAGAAGUUUUCCAGCUUUCCUACGUUUUCCCGCUUCCUUGAAAGUGCUCCUAUUUUUUUUAAGUUGGACCGUACGAAAAAUAUGAAGAGCUAUCCUACUCAACACGGUGUCCUUUACGCAUCAAAAAUUUGGUUAAAGUUUUGAUGCACUUUCACUUUACCUCUGUUGUUACUCGUUGGAUUUGCUUCAAACUUUAAAUAAUUAUAUCUCAUCAUUACCUAUAUCAUAUGACACAAGGGCACUAACUCUCGCACAAAUGUGUCAUGAAUUAUCCCCCUUUUUAUUUGAAAAUUUAGGUACAAAUUUUGGUACACUUUCACUGUGUCUCUGUUAUGUCUGAAAAGAUUUUAUUCAAGAUUAAAAUAUUUGUUCAAUAUCAUCACCCACAUCAAAUGACACAAGGUCCAUAAUUCAGGAACCAUUUUUUCUAGAAUUAUUCCCCCUUUUUACAUAGAAGUUAGUGUUAUUAAAAAUUUAAUUUUAUGCUAUGUUCAAAACUGUAGCACAAAUAUUUCAUGAAUAAUUCCCCUUUUACUUAGAAUUUCAGUUUUAUUUUGAUUAUUUUUCUCCAUAUCUCUGUUAAUACUAAACUGAUUUGUUUCAAACUGAAAAUAGUUGUUCCAAAUCACCAUCCACAUCAUAUGACAAAGGCUAAAAUAUUUCAUAAAUUAUGCCAUAUUUUACUAAGAAUUUCAGGAUGAUUUUUUGAUGCAGAUUUGCUCUAUUUCAGUUAUUACUAAACUGGUUUGAUUUUAACGUAACUAGUUGCUGCAUGAUAUGACAGAUGGUGCAUUACUCUUACAGUAAUAGUUCAUGAAUUACAUCCCUUUUAUACUUACUUUUAUACUUAGAUGUUUAAACACA